GGCGCGCGGGCCAUGUGCCCGCUGGACCUCUGCGGCUGGGCGGGAGGGCGGCGGCGGGCAUACCGGGGCCGCUCUGCCCCCCGCCUCGGUGGGUGACAUGGAUGUUUGCCCAGCCGUGGCCCGGGCCUGUAGCUUCCCGUUUGUACGCGUUUGUUGAACAGUUGACUGCUGCACGCCGGCUCUGGGCCUGGGGUCCAGGCGCGGGCCCAACCUCUGUCAAGCUGUCUCAGAACCUGGACAGUUCACGGACGCGGGGAAGAGUAAGGACGUGAUUGCUGGGUGACUCAAACACCGCCUUCCUUGAGAGUGGUGGUGGUGGAGCUAGGUUUGGAUAAGGUGGUCCGGGCUGUUGGGCAGUGUCGCUGGAACGAAGGGAGAGGCUUGUGCUGGAGCUAAGUAGGAUGGGGACCCGAUGGAGGCGUCUUCAGGUUUGCAGAGCAAAGUGCCGCGGAGAGCAAGAAAGCCGUUUGUGUGGGUGAUCCUUGUCUGUCAGGAGGGCAAGUUGACCCUGGCGGGCCUGGGGCUGGACACUCCCAGCUCCUCUGAGAAGCCUCAGCCGAUGAGGAGCGGGAAGGCCGCCUGGGCCCUGGAGACCGUCUGGGAGGACAAGCAGAAGUAUGGGGAAGCCGAGCGGAGGUUCUACGAGCACGAGGCCGCGAGAGCCGCCACCCAGCAGCUCCUGGCCGAGACGCUGGCCAUGAAUGGGCCAGGUCAGGAGGACGAGGCGGACAGUGGCGGCAGGAGCGAGCCUGGGAAGAACCUCGACGGAAAGAAGCCACUGCAGAAAAAGAGGAAGCGCUCCCCGAAGGGCUGGCUCAGCCAGGCGGACCUGGCCCUUGUGGGCCUCUCGGCCGACCACGUCUGGCUGGACAAGCCGCUCUUCGACCAGGCGGAGAGCUCAUACCGCCAGAGGCUGGCCGAUGUGGCUGCCCAGGCAGCCCAGCGUCCCACCCUGGCCCCCGGGGACCCCUGCACCCACGGGAGCCAGGUGGCUUGCCACCACGUGACCUGGGGCAUCUGGGUCAACAAGUCGUCCUUCGACCAGGCUGAGCGGGCAUUUGUGGAGUGGUCUCAGGCCCUGCUGCUGGCUGCAGAGGGGAGCGGUGCUCAGGGGGCUCCCGACACGGGCCAGCGGGCGGCUGCCCUUGACCUGCGCCUUCUCCACCAGUCUGGUCCACCGGCAAACGGCCAGCCACCGCUGGGCAGCCUGCAGGCGCUGGUGCGAGAGGUGUGGCUGGAGAAACCCCGCUACGAUGCAGCCGAGAGGGGCUUCUACGAGGCCCUGUUUGACGGCCAUCCGCCUGGGAAGGUGCGCCUGCAGGAGCGAGCCGGCCAGGCAGAGGGUGCCCGGCGGGGCCGCAGAGACCGGCGGGGCCGCAACGCCGCGGGAAGCAAGCGGCUUGGGCCGCGACGGGCCAACGGGGAGGCCGCCUGUGCCCUGCCCUACUGGUACUUCCUGCACAAGGACGCCGAGGCUCCCUGGCUCAGCAAGCCCACCUACGACAGCGCGGAGUGCCGCCACCACGCGGCUGAGGCCCUGCGCAUGGCCUGGCGCCUCGAAGCUGCGUCCCUGGCUCACCGACCUGGUGCCCGGCCAGGCCCGUCCGUGUCCAGCCUGAGACCCAAAAAAAUGGCCACAAACUUCCUCGUGCAUGAGAAGAUCUGGUUUGACAAGUUCAAAUAUGACGAUGCAGAAAGGAAGUUCUACGAGCAGAUGAACGGGCCCAUGGCUGGCUCCUCACGCCAGGAGAAUGGCGCCAGUGUGAUCCUCCGUGACAUUGCGAGAGCCAGAGAAAACAUCCAGAAGUCUCUGGCUGGAAGUGCAGGCCCCGGGGCCUCCAGCGGGCCCAGUGGAGACCACAGUGAGCUGGUCACCCGGAUUGCCAGCCUGGAAGUAGAGAACCAGAGCCUGCGAGGGGUGGUGCAGGAUCUGCAGCAAGCUGUCUCCAAGCUGGAGGCACGGCUGAGUGCCCUGGAGAAGAGCUCGCCUGCCCACCGGGCCACCGCUCCACAGACCCAGCCUCCACACCUGCUCCCCCCACCACGGCAGCACGUGUCUCCCAUGCGCCAAGUGGAGCCACCCAGCAGGAAGGCGGCCACCGCCACGGAGGACGAUGAGGAUGACGACAUUGACCUAUUCGGUAGCGACGAGGAGGAGGACAAGGAGGCUGCCAGGCUGCGUGAGGAGAGGCUGCGGCAGUACGCAGAGAAGAAGGCCAAGAAGCCUGCCCUGGUGGCCAAGUCCUCCAUCCUACUGGACGUGAAGCCUUGGGAUGACGAGACGGAUAUGGCCCAACUGGAGGCCUGUGUGCGCUCUGUCCAGCUGGACGGGUUGGUCUGGGGGAGCUCCAAGCUGCUGCCUGUGGGCUACGGCAUCCGAAAGCUGCAGAUCCAGUGUGUGGUGGAGGACGACAAGGUGGGGACAGACCAGCUGGAAGAGGAGAUCACCAAGUUCGAGGAGCACGUGCAGAGUGUCGACAUUGCUGCUUUCAACAAGAUCUGAGCCCUGGCCUGAGCCUGUGCAGCCUUGCAGCCAAUAAAGACAGAUAGAUUCCA